AGGUCAUCACCACUUCUGAUUAAAGUACCAUCAGCACUGUAUUCAGGAGUACCUGAGGAAAGAAGAACACGAUACAGCAACAUACUUAUUCCAGCUGUUGUAACGUAAAGCAAACAUUGUCCAAAAGUAAACGUGCUCCAGUGAUAGAUAAUACGCCACAAGACAUACACAGCCUACAAGGCAUGAGUGAUUAAACAGUAUGAUAAUUACUUACAUUGAUAGCCAUAAUACCUUUUUGAAGAUUGACGAGCGUCUGUUUAUUUUUAGUUGCAACCUUUUUCGAUGAUGCGUUUGCCUAGCGUUUGAUUAGCUUUAUAUGUCUCUAGUGUUUUAUAUUUAUACCAUUCUGGAGAAGGAAAAAGAAAUAAAUGCGGACUUUCACGGCAAGUUUACUUCUUUUCUUUAUGUCUUUGUUUGAUAAAAUAUCUGGCUUAGCUAACAAGGCCAAAGAGAAUGUUGUCUCAAAGACAUUCCUUUCCAAAGACAAAAGACUAGAGCAGCCUCUUUCGCGGGAUAUUGACCUGAACGAUAUUUAUUUUGAAAAAAUAUCCAACUAUGGUUUACCUUCAACUGUUCAGGUAGUUGCAUUUGAUUGUGUAGCAGGCUUAUUAGCAGUGGCUGGUGGUCAGAGUAAGAUCAAAGUGUUUGGUAAAGGCAUAUCAGCCCUGAUCCAUGUACCCAAAUCAGAAGGCAUCAAAUAUAUGCAAUUCAAGACAGGCUAUCCUAUCUUGAGUGUAAUUGACAAGGCUAAUACGAUUAUCACUGUGGACUUAAGGACACAGUCUAUCCGACAUGCCUUUAAAGCACCUGAUAUUAUUACAUGUCAAGCAUAUUAUCCAGGCACAGACUGGCUGUUUAUAGGGUAUGCGAAUGGGUUUAUUGAUGUAUUUGACAUGAUGCAAGGCACACUCUCUCCUUAUCAAAUACCUGAUCUAGCACAGAAUGGCAAAUUAGUACUGGAUCUUCAGUUACACCCUACUGAAUUGAAUACACUCUUGAUUGGCUAUGAAAACAAGAUGUUUAUUUGGAACAUACGUGAACAGACCAUCCGACGUUCAUUCAGUUUGCCUCAGUCCACAAGUCUGACAUGUUUAGUAUGGAGUCCACACGCAGCUCGUUUUAUGGCUGGUUAUGAUGAUGGCUUUAUUCAUUUGUGGGAUACCAAGCACGAACAAAAACCGAUUGCGUCUCGUAGACUAUCUGAAAACUCAGUUCAAUCAAGUGAAGACCCAGAGCCUAUCUAUCAAAUGGCGUGGUAUACAAACAGCACAGCACAACGUUCUUACCUUGUUGUGGCUGGUGGACUGAACCCUACAGACAUCCGAGGUUUGAAUAUUCUUGAAUAUGAUUUAGAAGGAGAGCAAAGAGAACCUAGAAAACAGACCAUUUUGCCUACAGGUGUGUCUCAUUUUAUGAUGCUCAAUAAAGACAUCUUUUAUUCUGGCAUGGCGGAUCCUCUAGGUAUUGCUAUUGUAGAUAAUGACCACUCUUUACAAGUGUUUAGUUUGGAGCAUGGAUUUCCCUCACUUCAGUUACCCCCCGCGCUUAACUUUCUUUCUCCUUUUGUGUUGAGUGUAUGCUAUAUUUCUCAAUUACCUGAUCAAGUCUACAAAAAACUGACCACAAUCACACAAGAAGAUUAUCGUGUACGCCAUAUGCCCAUCACAGGUGGUAUUGCUGGGCCCGAUCAUGUCUAUCAGAUUAACUCUAAUGAUAUUCUUGUCACUGUUCAUGAGGGCGAAAUACUCAAGUUCUGGGAUGCGUCCUUUACUGCUCUUCGACCACUCUAUUCUCGUACAAUCCGAUGCUCUGAUUAUACACCUGCCUUAUUGUGUUGCUUGGAUUUAAAUAAAGAGACUGGUAUACUUGCAGUUGGCUACAGUGAUGGAUCCAUUAUACUGUAUGAAUGUUGUCAAGAAACCACUGUGCCUAAGAGCAAGGCGUUCAUUGAUAGUUGUGACGAUACACUUCAAGAGAUUUCUGAUUUACUACAAGAUAUGGAAGUGGAAGAAACAAGUCCUCCUGUGCAAGAAAAUACAGAGGAACCCAAUGAACAAGAUACAGAGAUGAAGUCUAAAUUCACUAGCCUCAUAAAUGAUAAUUCUUCAAAUACUAUGGGUUAUUCUGCUAAUAUGAUGGUCACAUUAGGUAAGGCUGCUGUUACGAAUAUCAUGAUCUUGCUGUUGCUACAGAAGAUGGAAAAGUGUACCUUGUGGAUAUUCAAUCACAGUCCAUCUUGUUUUCAUACAAUAUUGCCCAAUCUGACCAUCAGAAUCAUAUCACACUUCAGAUGACUAAGCCAGAGGCUGAUCACUCUAACUUAGUUGAAAAGAAGCCUGCCUCCAUCAUAUCUUUGCAUUAUUUCUAUACCUAUUCGCUUACUAAAGUGACAGAUAUCACUAUUCAACUCUUUGUGGGU